AUAAGGGUUCAACUUGAUAUUAUUGCUUUCAACUAACAUGAUACAGUUAUCUGAAAUCUGUUGACUUAAUUGAAUUAAAGUCAACGUUCCAGUUUUUUCAGUGUGUGAAAUGACCAUUUGUCAACGUCCAUUGUGUUGUCGUCUAUUUUUAAACGUCUGAUCACGGCGCUGCCAUUCCUGUCCCGGUAGCUGCAGCUCAAAACUGAGAAGAGCUGAAGGGGUUAAAACAUUUUCAACAAUAGCAUCUGCAACAAUAACUCUUCUGGCUCUCCGUGUACACAGCAUGCUGCGGGAUGAGAGCCAGGGACAUCUGCUGUUGGUUCAUCAGCAGCUUUUGUGUGACAGUGAGUGCAGGGAGGCUUUCAGCGCCUCUUUAAAUAUAGAUCGCCUCCGCACCCCGGCCCAUUCAUCUCAUUUUCACACACAGUCACUUUCCUUGACCUGAGAGCCACACGUGACACCGGACGACGUGUUAAUGGUGUAAUGGCACAUUGUUAAGAACGUGUUCAAUGUCAGCAGAUCUCCCUUGAGUAUGUCGCACCUUCUGCUGUUGACAACAUCGAGCUUAGUUUUACAAGAGUGCAAACUAUAUACGUAAUGAUUAUCUUCAUCAUCCUCAAAUCGGAAAUCUGAAAUAUCUCAUUGUACAUGUAUAAUGACAUUAAACUAUUCUAUUCUCUAUUCUGAUGCUUGCUUUCUAUAUAUAUAUAUAUCAGUUAAUUGUUUGGAUACAAAAGUUCCAUCCCGUUUUCAAAGUCCGUGGAAAUGUCUUUAAAUGUCUUCAGUCCAGAUAGAAAGAAAGAAGCGGAAGACAUGUCAUCAUAGAUUCAUACAACAUUUUUUGUCAAAAAUGGGAGGAAAUGCUAAAAAUGUAUGAAUCUAUGAUUUAAAAGUUGGCAAUUAUUUUUCUAUCGACCUAUACAUCGAUUUAUUGUAUCAGCUCUUUUUCUUAUAAUUUACCUUUUUAUAAUAGUAUCAGAAACAAUGUGUGUGAUUAUCUGUUUCAUGGACGAAAUGGGACAGAUACAUUUACCAUUGAGAGAGUAUGAGGACACAUACUGUAUUGUUAACUGUGUGCUGUGCAGGCUGUAACAUAUGAAGCGUGUGGGUUAGGGUUAGAUGUGACUAAUAAGGAUGGCCGUAAAACAGUCCUGACGGGUCAAUAAAUCGCACUCAAGGAGCUUGUGAUUUCCACCCGUCUUGAAUCGAAGGAAGACAAGAAAUAUUUUGCACACACUUCAGAAUUUUAAAACAGGUGUGAUAAAGAUUUUGUUUGUAAAAGUAGGGACAUUGAAUGAAAUAUCCUUCAAGUUAACAUUUUACCGGAUAUAUAUUAUUUAAUGAACAUUUGUUUCUUCUCAGAAUUUCUCAAGGUGAGCAUAAAUGCACUCAAAGCACAUCUAUUCAAUUGUUUACAAAUAUUUACUGUUUCCUUUUUCUCUUGGUUUGUUGAUUUUAAAAUCUUAUUUUAAAAGUUUUUACUCCAUGUUUAAAAUAUGUAUUAUUCUACCAUCACCAGCUACGUCCUUUUUCUAACUUAUGUUUAAUUUAUAUAUGUCAUGCAUUGUGAGGACAAACUGCAUUUAAUAUUGUUUGAAGACAGAACUGGAACACACAAGUAUAAGCACACUUUGAAUGGUCAUAGUUAUCUAUUUUAAAAUUAUUAGAUUUAGGUCCAAUAACUGAUGACCGAAAUUGCCUGAUUUCUGCAGAUAAAUUCCUUUUGUGACUUUACCCCAUCCCAUUUGGCUAAACCUGGGUGCCCUUAGCACCAUUUUUCAUAUAAAAAAAACAUAAACAUGAAUCUGUUAUUACCUUGCCUUUCUAUAGUUUGGACUGCUCGGUGGACAGAGGGCCGUUUAACCUCAUUAAGUGUUUUAACCUUCAGUCUGCUCUUGAUAUUCUUAACCAGUUAUUUCAAUCUCUUUGUCUAAUGUGUGUGUUUGUGUGUGUGCGCUUGUAAGCAGCCAUACUGUAUGUGCUGUAUGAAGCAUCAUUUACCUGUCACUUCCUAAAGAGGACAUAGUUUAUAAAUAUCAUCCAGUGGAGCUGAGGGUUGGGACUACAAAAGGGCGCCCACCGUCUCCCCAUUGUUCACUGAAAUCACUGUUAGCCUCAGCUGCUCAGCCAUGGUAAGUCCCUGUGUGUGUGUGGGAUGCUGUCUGAUGGCAGAUGUGGGACAUGAUUUGGCUUUCAAAAUGCUAACUUUAUUUUUGUAUCUGUGGCAUAUUUCCACACUUUAAUCUUUAUAUUUUAAACAUUUAAAACGUGUGAUAUGUCUUAAUCUGAACUGAAACAUUGUGUCAUUAGCGUAAUGAGAUGAAUAACAAGUUUGAGGCUUGAUUUGAAAACAUCAAUGGAUGGAAAGUAGCUUACCUUGACAGAGGAUUCAUUCUUAAAAACGUGUACCGCACAUUGGAUGUAUUGCAACAGCCUUAAUUUAAUGCAUCCAAAAUAACACCAUAUUUUUCAAGGACAAAUAAUCACGAUGUUUGACCUGCUGCAGGAUACUAAAAUUAGUCAAUGUUUAUGUGUAUGCACUUUGUUAUGGUAUUUUCCCUUCUGAUAUAAAGCUAUUCAACCAAUUGUAUUGCUGUUGUAUAGUUUUAACUUAACUGCCAUGAGAUUUGUAUUGAAUUUAUUCUUCUUUCUUUGUGCAAAAAGGCCCCCAAGAAAGCUAAGAAGAGGACAGCAGAGGGAGCCAACUCCAACGUGUUCUCCAUGUUUGAGCAGGCUCAGAUCCAGGAGUUUAAAGAGGCCUUCACUAUCAUGGACCAGAACAGGGACGGCUUCAUCGACAAGAACGACCUGAGGGACACUUUUGCUGCUCUAGGACGUGUCAAUGUGAAACAGGAAGAGAUUGAUGAGAUGCUCAAAGAGGCUCCCGGCCCAAUCAACUUCACCGUCUUCCUCACCAUGUUCGGUGAGAAGCUGAAAGGUGCUGAUCCAGAGGAGACCAUCCUCAACGCUUUUAAAGUCUUUGACCCUGAGGCGAAAGGCUCGCUGAAGAAGGACUAUGUUACACAGAUGCUAACAACGCAAGCAGACCGAUUUUCCCCUGAAGAGAUGGAGCAGAUGUUCGCUGCAUUCCCCCCAGAUGUGGCAGGAAACCUGGAUUACAAGAACCUGGUUCACAUCAUCACCCACGGAGAGGAGAAGGACCAGGAGUAAACCGUUUCAACAACAAAUAGAACGUUUAUCUUUUGCCCGUACAUGACUUGAACCUGGCCCGUGAAGGAGAUUCUGGCCCUUUGUUUUUGCUGCGUUCUGCUCAGUUCUUACUCAGGAGCCCAAGACAAAAUGUGCGUUCACAGGCCCCAAAAAUGGACAGUAACUAAAGUGAGCUUCCUCUCUGCUACCUGUAUGUUCUUACAUUCAACUGAGGCAAACAAAAUAUUUUUUAUUUACCAUUACCUACGCUUCACCACACCAUCUAUGUAUUUUAUCCAACUGUUAGGUCUGUGAAUGUUCGUCUAAUAAAAGUUUUAAAAUA